AUGGCCAGCCUCCAGCACCCAUUCCAGUGCUUACAAGUUGCUAAGCGUGGCUCACAGGGCUUGCCAGAUUUACUCAUUGCCACGGCGGGUCGUUAUCUCUAUGCCUAUAAUGCUACUAAUGGCCAGCGUCUUGACGCCUGGCCACAAGAUGUAGGCUCUGUCACGGAGUCUACAUCUAGCACAGUGCAAACUGCAGAUGCUCAUGCUCCUCCAGAGAAAAGAAGAAAACUGUCCUCAGAUUCAGAAGUCCAGGAACAGAAGCAAACUUCCAACAAGAAAGCACCAAUCUGGACUGUUAUCCCCCUCGUUGUGACGUCCUCUGACGGAAAAUAUGUGAUCGCAUUGACUGGUGAGGACAAGGCCAUCCGUGUCUUUGAACUGAACAUCGAUGGUAAAUUCAAGGAAUUGAGCUCUAGAGUGAUGCCCAAGCGAGCGAGUGCCUUGGCCUUGACUCCUGACGGCCAAAACAUUAUCAUUGCUGAUAAAUUUGGCGACGUUUACUCGAUACCAUUGAUUCCUGGGGAAUACGUGAAGAAAGUUGUCGAAGCAAAGCCAAUUGGCCCAUCCGCCACGCCACUUACUGUUCACACCAAGGGCAAUCUGCGAACCCUUGAGAUGCAGAAGCUGCAUGCUGAGCGGACAGCCAAGGCCAUCCCACAAGAUGAUGACAAGCUCAAUUUUGAGCAUCACACUAUCAUUGGUCAUGUCUCUGUAUUGACUGACUUGCUCGCUGUCUCCCUGUCUGGCCGGAACUACAUCCUGACAGGAGACCGUGAUGAGCAUAUCCGUGUUUCUCGUGGUCUUCCCCAGGCACAUGUGAUUGAGAACUUCUGUCUGGGUCACCCCACUAUGGUCACCAAGCUUUGCAUUCCUUCUUGGGCGCCUCAUCUUCUCGUGUCUGGCGAUGGUGCUGGUAACCUUUUUGUGUGGAACUGGCGACAAGGGCAAAUCCUGCAGCGUAUCUCUACUCAAGAAACUUUGCAAUCAGAGUUUAUGAUUAACGGUAUUUGGGAUAUUUCUUCCGACCAGGCGAAUGUGAUCUUGGUCAGCUUUGAAGGGUCGGCCCAGCUUCUUUGUUACAAGCUCGAGGAGCAAGGUCUGCAAGUUCAAGAUACAAUCCAACUCUCUGGAAACGUGCUUGACUUAGUGGGUGCAAGUUCCAGUGGCUCUGUCUUUGUCUCAGUGGACACCGUGCGUGAGGCUGGUUCGAUUGAUUCCUGGAAGUCUAGCUCUGGAGCACCUCUGGAAUCUUUCCAAAUUACACUGGGUGCAGAUGGUAUCAAAUUAUCUGCGACCGAGGACCCCGUGGCCGCAAACAUCAACGUGGUGGGCACCAGUGAUCUUCCUGCUGACCUGAACGAGAAGCAGAAGAAGGAGAUCAAUACUUCUCUAUACAACCUGGAUAAUUUGAGGAAAAGGGCGUUCGCUUAG